UUGAUUUUUAAUCUAAAUCCACACCCUCACACGCGUGUACGCGUCUCUGUAUGUCAAAAUGAGUAUCAGUAUUUUUUAACUCGAAGCGUCACCAUCGCCGCCACCGUCUGGAAGCAGCAAUAAGCCAAUAAAUAUCAAAAUGGCGUCUGACAAGCCCGAAAACGACAACGAACACCGAGAUUUGACUUGCGUAGAGGAAAGUUUGAUGAGUCUGGAAAAGUUGGACCGUGCAUCGCCUGAUUUGUGGCCCGAACAAACGAAUGAUGAAGUUCCAGGUGUCAAUGAAUUCGUAGCCCAAAAUUCACUCCAGAGCGAAGCUGCUUCUUGGUCAGCCGCGCUUACACCAGAUGACAUCAAUCAAUUACACCAAUUAGGGAAUUUAACAAUGACAGGACUCAUUGCCGAAGUGAAGAAACUUCACGACAUAGCGUAUCAAGUGGGUUUGGAAGAGGCGAAAGAAAUGACAAGGGGGAAAUAUUUAAAUAUAUUCAAGCACAAGUAAAAUUUGUACAUAAUUUUAUACAAUCUUUGUGUUCAUUGAUCUAUCUUUAAGGAUUAAAGUAAAUAUUUUUGUAAAUAGAAAGUCAAA